AUGAUCUUGUCGUCGAUAACUAAUACCGCUUCAGCAGUAGUCGGCUUGCGUUUCAAUAAGGAAACCGAUGUGGUUCUUUCGCUGGGACCUAUUGAUAAGCUUAUAAUGCACGUAGAGAACCAUCCAAAGCAAGAAGAGGGCCACUUACUUUGCGAUCCCAUUAAUCCAAAUGAAAGCUUCAGCUUAAUUUGCUUUCGCAAUGGGUCGAGGGUUCGUGAUGCCAUCUGUGAGCAGGUGGCGCAGGGUUCUUGGAGCACUUUUAGCGAAAUGUUGAAAAAAACUCCGAUGGGAAAUUAUGGCAAUGUCGGUCUAUAUUUUCCUGUUAAGGAAACAGAUCCACCUGCCAGUGGAACUUUACGUUGGGAUGGCAAAAUGGAUCCAAUGUCUCAUGAGGCAAUACACGGAUGCGAUGAAUUUGAAAGACCCGAGAUAGAGGCUCGCGCUGUCAUCGAGGGACAAAUGAUGCAUCAUCGGGCUAUGAUGAAAGACAUGGAUUUUCGUUUUGAUGAAAAUACCCGAAUUAUUGUCCUUGGCGAUGGCUCGCAAAACGAGAGUCUGCUCCAGGUGAUUGCCGAUGUAUUUAAUACUCCUGUCUAUACUCACUGCGGAGUCGAGCCAGCCCUAUUGGGUGGUGCGUAUCGUGCCCGUUACGCGUUCUACGAAUAUCGAGAGGCCAAUUGCAGCUGUCGUCGUUGUCGAAUGGCUUCGGGUAGAAAUCCAAAGCUGCAAUUUGAAGAUUUCUUCCGGAAUAUGCCCGGUGCUCUUAAGUUGAUGGCAGAGCCAACAGCGGGAUGUGAUGUUAUCUAUGAUCGUUUAACAGUGCGUUGCAUGAAUAUGUGCCAAUUGUUGGCUGCCAGCACUAGCAUACAUGAAAGUCACAUCGUUAUGGAAUAG